AUGGCGACCUCAGGCACACCUGCACCCGCCGCACCCAUGACGGGCGGCGCGGCAAUCCUGGCGCGCCUGCGUGCGCAGCGUGGCGCUGGCGCUGCUGUUGGCGUGCGGUCAGCCGCGGCGGCGGCGGCCACAGCUCGCAAGGCCCCGCCGCGCGCGCUGUUUCUGUUUGCGAGCCAGACGGGCACGGGCUCCGAGAUCGCCAAGACACUGGCGGCGGAGGCCAAGGGCCACGGCGUGCUGGCGGAGGCCAUGUCUCUGAAUGAGCUGGGCUGGGGCAACUUCACGCCCGAAAAGGCACCAGUGGUGGUGGUGGUAGCGGCGUCCACAGGUGACGGCGAUCCGCCGGACAACUCUGCGGCGUUCUACGUGCAGCUGAAGAAGCCCCACCCCGCGGACCGCCUCAAGGGCGUCAAAUUCGCGGUGCUCGGGCUGGGUGACUCCAACUACACACGCUUCAUGCAUGUGUCGCGCACCAUCCGCUCGCGCUUUACUGAGCUGGGGGCGUCGGAAUUUAUCCCGCUGGUGGAGGCGGACGAGGUGGACGGCCUGGAGGGCAAGGUGGACCCGUGGUGCGAGAACAUUUGGGGGCCGCUCAAGACUGCGCUCGCGGAGGCAGCAGGCAACUCUGCAGCGCCACAGGCAACAGGCAACACUGCGCCGCCAGCAGCAGUCAACACAGCAAAGCCCGCCGCCCCGGCCCCACUGGCUUUCACCCCGGCAGCAGCAGAGCAGCAGCAGGCGGCUGCGGCGACAGCCCCGGCAGGCCUGGUGGACGGCCUGGCCCCGGAGGGUGCCGACGUGCGGGGCGCCCCCGCACUGGCGGAGCCCCGUAUCGAGGUGGUACUGGACGUGUCGCCAGAGGUUGCCCAGCUCGCUCGGGAACGCGACACGUCGCGGCCCACGCCCAAGCAGGCAGCUUAUCGAGACGAGGGCGGUACUUACAGCGCGGCAGCCCCCUUCUGGGCCAAGGUGGCAGGCGCCAGGCUGCUUACAGCGCCUGGCUCUGACCGAGUGGUGGUGCACUGCGAACUGGACAUUGCUGGCAGCGGCAUGGCAUACACUGCGGGCGACUCAAUCGGCAUCCUGGUGCAGCUCGCCAAGCCGUUGGGACCCCUGAAACCCUGCCUACCCUCCCUGGCUCUGCUCCUGGACCCCAAGAAUGAUCCGGCCCUGGUGGACGCGCUGCUGCGGCGGCUUGGACUAGAAAGCUCAACAGUGUUUGGCGUAAAGGCGGCAGAUGGCACCCCCUCGGGUGUGUCCCUUCUGCCCCACAUUGAGUGGCCCUGCACUCUGAGCCACGCCUUUGGGCACGGAGUAGACAUCACCGGUGUGCCGCGCAAGAGCCUGCUGCGGCUUCUGGCGGAGCACUGCAGCGACGCGGCAGAAAAACGGACACUGCUGUUCCUGUGUGCGCGUGCCGGGCGUGAGGACUACCAGCGGGAAAUGGUGUUGGGGCAGCCGACGCUGCUGGACCUGCUCAACAGGUGGGAGGAGGGGGGCGCAGCCACAGCCGCGGCGGGCGGUGACCCGGCUGUGGCGCUGGGUGAGGCGUGGCUGUACUUUGGCUGCCGCCGUCGCGACGAGGACUACCUCUAUGGUGCUGAGCUGGAGGCGUUUGAGGCCAGCGGGGACCUCGCGCGGCUGCGGGUGGCGUUCAGCCGUGAGGGCGCAGCCAAGGAGUACGUCCAGCACCUCAUGGCACGGGACGGCGCGGCACUGGCCAAGCUGGUGCUGCAGGACGGCGCCCACGUGUUCGUGUGCGGCGAUGGCGCGGCCAUGGCCAAGGACGUGCACGCGGCGCUGGCUGGGGCGCUGCGGGACUACGGGGGCCUGGGGGAGGCGGAGGCGGAGGCGCAGCUCAAAACCAUGGCAGCCAGCGGCGCGUAUGUGCGGGACGUGUGGUGUGCGUGA